UCUCAUCUAAACCCCUUUGUCAACAUGAGUGCAUCAACGAGCUUAAAGGUGCGCUUGCCGACGUUUGUGUUCGUGUUGGAGAUCGUGAUGAUCGCACUCUACGCUGUCUUUGUCACCUAUGACGACAACGCUAACGCGAAGCUGCAGAACAAUGAGACCAAGCCGAUGGAGAACUCCAUGUAUCGGGACUACCCGUACUUUGCCGACGUCCAGGUGAUGAUCUUCCUGGGCUUCGGUUGUCUGCUUGCCUUCUUCCGCUUCUACGGCUUCAGCGGGAUGGUGUUCAACUUCCUCACGGCCACCUUUGCCAUCCAGUGGGCCAUCCUGAUUCAGGGAUUCUUCCAGUUUUACCACGAUGGUAAAAUCCACCUGGGAGUUAUCAACCUCCUGAACGCAGAGUUCGCCUGUGCCGUGGUCCUCAUCUCGUUCGGAGCCGUGCUCGGGAAGACCGGUCCAGUUCAGCUCCUGGUCAUGGCUCUGCUGGAGAUUCCUUUGUUUGCUGUCACAGAGUGGGCUGUGCUCAAGUACAUAAGGAUCAACGACGCCGGGGGCAGCAUUCUCAUUCACCUGUAUGCCUGCUACUUUGGGCUGGGGGCCACGUUUGUGCUGUACCGCCCAAAUUUGAACGACGGACACCCCAAAGAGACCACGAGUUAUAACUCUGACAUCCUGUCCGUGAUGGGAACACUUUUCCUUUGGGUGUUUUGGCCCUCGUUUAACUCGGCUCUCACGUUCAAAGGUGACGAUCAGCACAGAGCUGUGCUCCACACGUUUUUAGGCCUGAGCUCAUCCACCAUCACCGCCUUUGCCCUCUCUGCAAUGUUCAACAAAAGAGGCAAGCUAACAAUGGCAGACAUUCAGAACGUGACCCUGGCCGGCGGAGUGACCGUUGGGGCGUCUGUAGACAUGAUGAUCUCCCCGGUGGCUGCGUACGCUCUGGGGAUCAUGGGCUGCACAGCCUGCUUCUUCGGCUACAAGUUCCUGACUCCCUUUUUGGCCCAGCGCCUGAGGAUCCAGGACCAGUGCGGCAUUCACAAUCUCCACGGCCUCACCGGACUCAUAUCAUCCACCGCGGGCAUCUGUGCCAUCCUCCUGGCCACCGAAGAGACCUACGGACCCAGCAUGUAUCAGAUCUUCUCCCACCGCGCUCCGCCCGAGGGAGAUCCAAAGCUGCUCGAGCUGCAGCAGCUGAUCCCCGGGCUGAAGCCGGGCCUCGGCCGCACCGCCCAGGAACAAGCUCUCUUUCAGGUCGCGGCCAUCUUCGCCACUAUUGCUGCAGCUGCGGUGGGAGGGGUGCUCACCGGGUUUGUCAUGAAGCUGCCAUUCAUGGCGUCGCCGUCUGACGAGAGCUGCUUUGAUGAUGAGCUCUUCUUCGACGUGCCCUCAGACUUUGACAGCGCGGAGCUCCUCAGGGCCGUCGAGACAUUUGACGGAGGAGAAAAACCGGAAACCUUGAACACCCAAAUCUGAUGUUUGUAUCGACGUAUUUGUUACUGUCAGGUUUUGAUGCAGAGGGCAUUUUACAUUGUUUCUUUUACAAUAGCUGUACCCAGCUAUGCUGAGCUGUAAAAGUGAGACUGGUGAAAAUAAGAGAAAUUGUUUUGUAAUCAAAUGUUUCUAAUUAGUACUUUUGUUUUUAGGCUAGUGUUGGUUUUAUACUUUGUUCAGCGCAUUAAUUUUUCUAACCAUGAUCCGUGUUUUGUUUCUGACUGUGUUACUACUACCUGCUAACUUUUCACUUAUUUGCUUUGUUUACAUAUUCACAUACUUUCCUUUUUGUUGAAGCCUCUGCCACACAUUAGGUUUCAGUUCUUGAUUCCUACAUCCAGAGGUUAUCCCGAUUUGAUUUAAUCUCUCAACUUGAUUUGUUGUUUUUUUUUUGUUUU